GCAUCGUUGCUAUGACGUCACGAUAUUCCUAUUAGCGUACAAAAUGGCGUACCCGGCUGGAGGAACGGACAACAUUCUGCUUAUCACCGACUCCUACAAGGUGACACAUCAUAAACAGUACCCUGCCAACACAACAGUUGUCUGCUCCUACUUUGAGAGUCGAGGAGGAAAAUUUCAGGAAAUUGUUUUCUUCGGUCUACAAUACAUCAUUAAGCGCUUCCUAGAAGGUACAGUGGUCACAAGAGAAAAGAUAGAGGAGGCCAAAGCACUGUACAAUGAACACUUUGGUCAUGAUUACUUCAACGAGGAAGGAUGGAAUUAUAUCUUAGAGAAACAUGAAGGCAAACUACCUAUGAGGAUCAAGGCUGUCCCCGAGGGAUCUGUGGUCCCUUACAAAAAUGUCCUUUUCACUGUGGAGAACACGGAUCCAAAAUGUUUCUGGCUUACCAACUACUUUGAGACCCUGCUAGUCCAGGUCUGGUACCCUAUGACAGUGGCCACAAACUCUCGCUACCAGAAGGAAAUUAUCGCCAAGUAUCUGGAUGAGACUGCAGAUAGCAUGGAAGGUCUUCCUUUCAAACUCCAUGAUUUUGGUUUUCGCGGAUCUACAUCUGUAGAGUCGGCUGGGAUAGGUGGAGCUGCCCAUCUGGUAAAUUUCAUGGGUACAGAUACAAUUGCUGCUAUUGCCACUGCCAGGAGGUUUUACGGCUGUGAUAUGGCAGGUUUCUCCAUCCCAGCUGCAGAACACAGUACAAUAACAACAUGGGGCAAGGAUGGUGAGUUGGAGGCAUUCCGUAACAUGCUUACCAAGUUUCCCAAUGGGCCAAUGGCCUGUGUCAGCGACAGCUAUGACAUUUGGAAUGCAUGUGAGAAAGUAUGGGGAGAAGAGCUCAAAGACGAGAUCAUUGAAAGAGGAAAAAGUGGCGGUGUCCUUGUAGUAAGACCUGACUCCGGAGUACCAGAAGAGGUUGUGGUAAAGGUGCUGAAUAUUCUGGGUAACCAGUUUGGUACCACAACAAAUACUAAGGGCUACAAGAUGCUUCCACCGUAUCUGAGAGUGAUACAAGGUGAUGGCAUUUGCUACGAAAGUCUAGGUGAAAUUCUGGAGGCCAUGAAGAAAGUUGGUUGGAGUUCAGACAACCUUACAUUUGGGAGUGGAGGAGCUCUCUUACAACGGUUGGACAGGGAUACCCAGAAAUGUGCCUACAAGUGUAGCUAUGCUGUUAUAGCAGGCAAGGAGGUCAAUGUGUUUAAGGCGCCAAUCACAGACUCAGGAAAGAAAAGUAAAAAGGGACGUUUAACUUUGGAGUUUGAGAAUGGACAUUACGAGACUAAGGAGGAGGGAAAAGGAAACCCAAUUAUGGAUGCAUUGGUAACAGUGUUUGAAAAUGGGAAAUUACUAAAAGACUAUAGUUUUGAUGAAGUAAGAGGAAAUGCAGAAUUGGAACUUGUGAAGCAGAGGAAAGAAAUGAGCGGUCAGCAGAUGGAAGAUGUAUAGGUUAGAAACUGUUAAAGGUCAAACCAGACACUGACCAUAGUGUUCAGUACACAGUUCUUUGGACUUCUUCUGCCAUCAAAAUACCAUGGAAUAUCAUAUUAAUUUUAAUUUAUGGAUGCUGAAACACCAGACCUAAAUGUAUAGAGAAACACUAAGCAGACAUGUCAUGUAAGUUUAGCUUCUAGAAAUAAUGUUGUCAUUAGAGAUAUAAAGUAUAGCUCCCACAUUAAUGGUAUUAAAACAUGUUAUAAUGUACAACUUUUGUUAUAUAUAAUCAUACACUAAGUAUAAACCAUCAUUUCUUUGGCUUUCUUCAUCAUCUAAAACAUUGUUUUUUCUGCUGGUUAUAAUUCUGUACCACUUUGUUAUAUAUCAUGUGACAUUGUAUGUCAUGUUAUAUGCAUGUCAUGUGACAUUUUAUGUCAUGUGACCUGUUGAAUAUCAUGUGACAUGUUAUAUCAUGUGACAUGUUAUAUGUAAUUUUUACUGAAAUGACCUUUGGGUCCAGUUUCAUUCCAGAGGUUGGCUUGUUGGUUAUACUUGGCCUCUGUUGGCAUGGAUUGAUCAAAUUGUCUUUCCUAUGUCUGUCCUGUUUUUUUGAUGAUAGUAGGUAUUUAUAUAUACUAUUCAAUGCCUUAUUUACUCUGUUUUGUUUUUGCAUUCACCCAUUAAUUUUGCUCUUCAAUGGUCUUUAAGAUACAGUUUCCCUUCUAGUGGCAUGGCAGUAUAAAUCAAGUUUGUCCUUAGAUAAUAUAUGACACUAAUGCACUGUAUUAUAGCCUAAAAGGUUUGUAUGUUUUACAUUCUAAACAGGGUGUAAUUUAUUUCCCCAAAGACAGAAAUAUCUAUCUGUCCAAGACAUAAAUUCAUUGAUUAUCAUUUUAUUUUUGUUCUAUACUUUGUUUUUAUAGAAAAUUAAACCUGAAUGUCCCUAAAUAUCUUGUGUUAUGCUAUUUUCAGUAGUAAGUGUUUAUUUUAAAUGUCAGUUAUGAUAUGAAGAUAUUUACACAAAGGAUAAAGGUAUAUUGUUGUUCUGUUUUGUUUUGUUUUUUCACUGAUUGAAACAAUACAUUACCAUUAUUUUUGCUUUAAAUGAGGAUUAUUAUUGAUAUGGCACAAAACUGUUCUCACUGAUAUUCAAAAAUCAUAGUUUGAUAGCAUGAUUGUUUUAGUUUCCACAUUACUUUGUAGGUAAAUAAACUUAGAUUUUAUGGGUAGUUUUUCACUUGAUGUGAAUUGAUUACAAAGCUACCAUUUCAGUCCAACUACAUCUGCUUUUCAAGCUGAAAGUUGUAGCAGAUCAGUAUAUUUUGGUUAUGGGAAAGAUGAAUCUUUAUUAUCCUGUUAUUCAUAGGUACAUUUUGGCCUAGAGUAUGGUUAAUCUGUCCAUUCUUGCCAUGUAUAUUUUGACCAAAGCAAAGAUACAUCUAUCUUGAAAUUUCUCCAUGAAAAUUCUCACAUAUUUUUUUAACAAGAAAUCACCACUUCAUCAGUUGAUAAUGUUAUCUUGCACCAUCUACUGAUGUAAUAGACCAAUCCUUUAAUUACAUCCCCUGCUACAUUAAUAGACUCAUCCAUCAAAGUUGCUUCCCCUGCUACAGUAAUAGACUCAUCCAUCAAAGUUAUUUCAACCUGCUACAGUAAUAGACUCAUCCAUCAAAGUUAUUUCAACCUGCUACAGUAAUAGACUCAUCCCUCAAAGUUAUGUCAACCUGCUACAGUAAUGGACUCAUCCAUCAAAGUUGCUUCUCCUGCUACAGUAAUAGACUCAUCCCUCAAUGUUAAUUCCCCUGCUACAGUAAUAGACUCAUCCAUCAAAGUUACAUCCCCUGCUUCAAUAAUAGAUCCAUCCACUACUUACUCAUAACAAAGGCUGGAAGAUACCAAUCAGGGGAGUGUCAUGUGAAUGCUGGUAUAUUCUCAAUAUCUGAUGUGACAAUACUCAAUUUAUUAUCGUAAGAAAAAUUACAAUAAAACAACAUAUCUACAUGUAGUACUAAAGUAAGACUUGGACCUACUCUAAAUAUGACUUGUUUCUUCUCUAUGUAAAACAUACAAAAUGCAGUGACUAAGAUUUCCAAUUUGAUGUAUUAACAUGGUUCUGCUCAAGGUUUAAAAGAUUAACUGUUAUACCCAUAUUUCCAUGCAGCAUUGCUGAUUAAGAUGAUGUAUUUGCAAGUUCAUCCGUCCAGCUUUUGUCAAAGGAUUGUCCAGAUAACAAAUUAUCGGCAAACGUAUGUAGAGAAAAUAAUAUUGCAACAUAAGUAAUUUCAUAUCAUCAUUCAACUUUGAGAUGAUCCCCACGUUCAAAUAUCAAUAUCGCUGAACAAUAAGGUGACCUUUGAAUAGAUGAAGCAAUUUUUAUAAAAAGCACACUUCUACCAGUGUAUAUUAAGUAAGUCAUUAUUUUGUUCCAUUCUUAUAGUUUGAUAAGAAAGAAUAUUUAUUUCCUCAAAAACAGGUUUCAGUUUUUAUUUCCCGCAAUUUUACUAAUUCUAUCAGUUAUCUAUACACUUUGAUAUUUUCAUGACCAAUCCCAGGCUAUUUAAAAUUUCCUUUUGCGUCAUCCACCGGAAACGACCCCAUUAAUUCCAAGUAUGUUUUCAUAAGGAUGUUACGAACGCAGGAAUAAUGUGCUUCUAUGUAUAUAUCGAAUAAAACAAUAUUGAAAUAAAAUUAACAUACAGACCGUAUAUGUAUGAUAAUUGUAUGAUUAUUUCUAUAUACUGACGGAUUUAUUUAGACGCACUCAAAUUGUAUCACCCAACUAAGUUUGAACCGAUUUCCAUGGCAUUCAAUUUGUUCGUCCGCUGUGCUUGCCUUUUAAACAUUAUAUAACAUCUGCAAUUAUCGAAAUCAAAAUUUAGCGGAAUGCUUCAGUGCAAAAAGCACUUAAUUAGAAUACCGCUAAAAAGAUGCACGUUUACAGUAUCGUAAUUAUGUACAGCAAUAAAGUGCAUGAUGCCACUGCUAAAAUAUACACGUUUACAAUUACGUAAUUAUGUACAGGGAUAAAGUUCAUGAUGUGUCUCAGGCUUCCACCACACGGCCUUUCUAUUGCAUGGUGGACUGAACACACGAAAUGGUUUGUUUCAGAUCUCGGACAAAAAGAGCAUGUGAAUGCUUAAGAGUUUUUUUUAUGUAAGAUGGAUUUUGUGGAUUACUUGGUAGAUUAGAAUAAUGUAGAUGGCUAAAGUAUGUUUUUGAUGAAAAAGUAGUAAUUUGUUUAUGACGUCAUAGUACGAUUUUUGUUACCAUGCAAUGACCAACCAAUGAAAAAACCGUGUUGUAAACACAUUAUUAUUCAAUAUAUUUGUAUUUAUAUCUAUAACACGCUUCUCAAAAUUUAACUAAGUUACUUAACAAAUCGACUAAUGAUUUCCUGAAAGUCCAGAGCAAUAUCGACUAAUGAUUUCCUGAAAGUCCAGAGCAAUAAAGUGUUGAAUAUUCAAACAAAAGAUAUUUAUAGGUAAUAAUAAAACCAAUUGACCAAACUCACAGGGACUGGCACUAAUUCAUAACUCACAGUCCAUGAAUUAUGUAUGUUUGAUACUAUAAUACUUGGGUUUACAGGUCCCUGUGACAAGCAUUCUAUACAGAGAGAUGCAUGUACCACAGGCGUCUGCUUCUGGUAAAUAUUUAUAGAAAAGAUAUGUUAGCCCCUACUCUUACUAUAUCAACAAGGUGGAACACUCGGAUCAGACGAUGUAUCGAUAGUGGAACGGAACUAGCGGUAUUGAUUGGUCGACAAUUAUAGCUUGUAUUGUUUACAGAGCUGUCGACCCUUUAGAUUGACUGUUGCAUACCACUCUAAACACUACUCCAGUUCCGGUUUUAAUCCAUUUUAUCUUCAUUAAAUCAUUGCCAUCUGACCGAAGACUAACAUGAAUUGAUAUAUAAGGAUUCUAAAACCAAUGUACGUUACUGAAGUUUGUGCAUUACACCUUGUUGAUAUGUUGAUAAAGUAGGAGGGCUAAUAUUUUUUUCUAUUAAUACUAACAGAUGCAGACACCUGUGAUAUAUCCCAACAUGCCUACCAAACUAACCGUGAAUACACAGUAGUACUUUUACAUUAUUGAUUUCUAUGUUGAUGAGUGUAACAUGUUUGUAUACUUACAGAUUUGUAUAAAUGUAUACUGCUUGGUAUAACUCAAAAUUUCCAAUUGUAUGCUUUUGACUGUUGAGAUGAAUAAAAAAAUCACCUAAUAAUUA